UGACUGGGCUGCAGGAGCGCGCACGGAGCGGCUCGCGGGCAGAUCGCCGGUGCAGGAAACCUCACGCGCAAAUCAUUACUUUGAUUUAUUUUUGUCUUGCUGCUUCGUUUUUUUUAUGAAACAAACAACCGACGCUGACGCCGGUUAAAAGUGGGAGAAAAUGCCACAAAGAGGCCUCUGUGUUCAUGUCAUGCACGGCUCCAGCUGAGAAACUCUGAUUCUUCAAGUUAGGACUGUCUACAGAAUAAUAAUUCCAGGCACUAGAUGUGAUAAACCAGAGAUGAAGCACUGAUUGGCUGCUUGUUAGGCACGACAGUCCUAAACCAGAAGAGUACAUAUCAGAUACUGGCAUCUGAUUUAAGGGGACGAGACAAACAGCAGACUGUCCAGCGAUUCUUCGCUCCUUCACAUUGAGAAAUCUAAUUGCUUUAACUGAUCAUGUUUAACAAAGCAAGGUCAACAGACAAGUCAAGAUGAACCCUUAUGUCAUUUCUCACUUCAGGAGGGAUCUAUUCCCCCACUUUUAUUUGUUGUAAACUUGCAUUUUCUUUUAUCAAUGUUGCUGCUCUCUGUUGUUUUGGGGUAGUUUUUCUAUUUGUAGUGAUGUGGUGUGACUUUUGGUUCUGGGGACGUUUUCUGACCAGUUGUACCCAGAGCUAUUACUGUGGCAUUGACUGAUUAAGCAAGGUAAUUCAACAAGCACAAUCCUUCUUUGCUGGAUGUAUUUGCACACCAGUUUCAAUUGUAUAUAUAAAUACAAGUUUUUCUUCACGAGUCAUUUAAAAGAAUUGGUGCAUGUUGUUUUUUUUUUGCAGCAAAUUUAAUUUUAUUAUAAAUAUGUUAUGCUCAAGUAGCCAUUUCUGCUUUCUUCAUCAAACAUGGAAGCAGUUUAAGAGAUCUAAACCUUAAGAAAUGUUGGCAGCCUAUUUCUUCAGCAGUUUGUCUAUCUUCUCCUAGCUUUGUCGCCUGCACUGCAGAGAACUUCAAAGGUGAUCUGUGUACUUACCUUUGCUUUCCAUAUGAAUUAAUCACCUAAGACUUAAAAUUAUCAAUUUUUCUGGAGAUAGUCCAUAGUAAUCUUUCCCUGUUGUUUUCUUCCCCCACUUAUCUUUUGUCAGGUUUUAAGUGAUUUCCCAGUCAUAAUGCAGUUUUGUAACGAGGUAUGUCCAUUCUGAGGUGUUGUCUCCUGCAGGUGAAUGUUAAAAGUAGAAAUCUUAAAACAGCCAGUACAUUAAACAAAUUCACAAUGUCCACCAAACAAAUUUGUAGCCUUCUAGAAGGUAAAUGUGAAAUAGUUAAAGCAGUGACAUGAUCAAAUGAGGAAUGCCAAACAAUGUCUGACUAUUUCAUUUAGUAGGAAGUGACCUUCCCACUAAUAAAUAGUUAAAUUGAGCUACAUUUCUAGCUUUCAAGGCUUGCAUUUCCUUUUUUUGUGAUGACACAUUUACUCUGAAACAGACCGUUCAUUCUACUGUAUCUUUUUUGCCUCAUGCUAAUUCCAAGUGGAUGUGAAUCUGGAAAGAUCAGUCGUAAGAACUUGCAUGUUUUUGUACUUUCACUCUUUUUGUGCAUGUUGGUGUUUUCUUUAGUAGUUGGUUCAAACAGACGUCAAUUAGGCUUUAUUUCGCAUAUUUGCAUUAUUAUCAAAUGUAUGCUGUUAUGAGCUGGGUGAUCCUAAAAUUUGUCUAUUUGCAUUCCUCCACUGCAGUACACUUUCAGUUUAUUUUCUUAAUCAAAUGAUGCCUGCUCAAGACAUCAAGACUUUCUUUUUAUUGUUUAAACUAAACAUAACCAGUCCUGCAUGCUGUUGUGUUGCAUGCUGAGGUCAGUUUUUCCCUGCAACACCCUGAAUGAACUUUUGCAUGGGAGCAAUUGCAAAAAAAGGGACUCCUUGGCUUGCUCAUGUCAAUCUUUACAUCAGCUUACCUAAUUUUACUUCAGAGAUUGGGCCUGCCAAAGAAUAUAACUAAAAUUACAUACUUUUGCUGUAUUACUAAACAAAUAAAUACUCUAGAGAACAAAACAACCAGUUGUGAAUGUCGAAACAAAAACCUGUUUGGGUUGGAUCUACAGUGAUCUCACUUUUUAAGAAAGACUGAAGGACUUUGUGGGUUUCAUUCAUAAAUUCAUUGACUCUGUCAAGACACACUGAGAAAUACAGAGAUUUUACUGCAGGUGAUGGGAGCGGCACGUGUCAAACGUCGCUUCAGUGCUGUGACUGAUGGGCCAGUGGAGGAGGAGGAGGUCAUGAGGCUAGCAGAAAGUGCAAGGUCAGGAGAAAGUCCAACGGGCUCAGGAAGCCCAAACAGCUCCUCUCCAAUCCAUGCCCUCAAUGGCAAAGCUCUACCUCUUCAGAGUAACACUAACAAUGCACGGAGGCAGAGCGCUAUUGGUGAACCAGCUGGGGGAGAUGCAGGAGGAGAAAGCAGAGUGAGAGCAGGAGGAGUAUGCCCAGGUCUAAGGAAUACCAAAGGUGGUAGUGAAGGUGGGAGACGGGAAAAAUGUUCCUCAUCACACCAGGAUUCCCUCUCUUCCCCCUCCACUAUCAGCCGGCGACGCAGCAGGCGCUCAAACCGCCGGCCCCAACAACGCUUUGUGGGCAAGGACGGACGCUGCAACGUCACCUUCGUCAACAUGAGCGAAAGGGGCCAGCGGUACUUCAGCGACCUUUUUACCACCUGUGUGGACAUACGCUGGCGCUGGAUGCUGGUCAUCUUCACGCUCUCCUUUAUUCUUUCCUGGCUUCUCUUUGGCUUUGCCUUCUGGCUCAUUGCCUCUGCGCAUGGCGACCUUUCCAUUCAGCUUACCCCCAGAUCCGGUUCUUCUCCUGGAUCAGGAGAAUCCGGCUCUGGAGCAGAGUCUGAUAGAAACAUGGCAGAAGAGGAGCCAUGCUUCCUCCAGGUUAACAGCUUCAUGGCAGCCUUCCUUUUCUCCUUGGAGACGCAGACAUCCAUCGGUUACGGAUUCAGAAGCGUGACCGAAGAAUGUCCCCUGGCGGUGUUGGCGGUCGUUUUGCAGUGCAUCGUGGGCUGCAUUAUUGACGCCUUCAUCAUCGGGGCAGUCAUGACGAAGAUUGCCAAGCCCAAGAAACGCAACGAGACUCUGGUGUUCUCUGACUCUGCUGUGGUGGCGCUGAGAGACGGAAGACUCUGCAUGAUGUGGAGGUUGGGGAAUCUAAGGAAGAGUCACCUGGUUGAGGCGCAUGUCAGAGCACAACUACUGAAGCCAAGAGUGACACAAGAGGGGGAGUACCUGCCACUUGACAAUGCAGACAUCAACGUCGGUUUUGAUACUGGCACCGACCGCAUCUUUUUGGUCUCUCCUGUGACAAUAGUGCACGAAAUCAACGAAGAGUCGCCUUUUUUUGAGAUAGACAAAAAAACCUUGAAGAAUGACUGUGAAUUGGAGGUGAUUGUCAUACUUGAGGGAAUGGUGGAGGCCACGUCGAUGACAACCCAGUGCCGCAGUUCCUAUCUGGCUUCUGAAAUACUCUGGGGACAUCGAUUUGAACCCGUACUAUUUGAGAGGAAAAAUGGCUACCAGGUCGACUAUUCAUUUUUCCAUCAGACCUACGAAAUCCCAAACACACCAUCAUGCAGUGCUAAAGAGCUGGCCGAGCAGAGGUACAACGGAAGCUCACUGUCGUCCUUUUGUUACGAGAAUGAAGUGGCCCUGAGGCUCGCCUCCCCAGAUGAGGAACCAGAACAAGAACAUGAAUGUUUCUCCCAACCAACCCGAAGACCAUCCUUGGAAGCAUGAAGAGUAGGAGGACAAGAAGAAAAGAAAGAGAGUUUAUUUGAGAAGUGAAAAUCAAAUAUUUAACCAUUCACAGAGAUUAUAAUUUGUUAGAUUUACAUGGGAAGCCCAGAGUUGUUAAAUACUAGAGAGGAAGAAGUUAAAGAAGCGUUUAUGGAGUUUGGUCACAGCUCUGUCCUAGUUGUCUGAUUGGCCCUGGCAGUUUUUCAGAAUCUUUAAAAAUGUAUUCGUCUCACAUCUGGCCCAUCACUACCACAGCACGAUCACCUGACUCUAAUCCCUGAUCAAAAGGAUGUGCAACAGCUCCACCUGUUGGCUACACUUGCCACUGCCUCUCAGCGAUUCUGGCUUAAAGAAAUGAUUUCUCUUCCAGCUGCUGCUGUGUAAUAAGUUUGUUGUUACUCAGGAAUGUACUUUCAAAAAUUUGCAGACUUAUCACUUUAUUGUUUUACUUUCUAAUGGUAAGUAUUCUUAGUGCUCUUUCUGUAAUGCUGGAGAACUGGUACUAUGGUAUUUGAACAGGGAUCCUCGUUGCAGAACAAUAGUAACAAGGAGAAACUUUUGGAAACCAGCAGCAGUUUUCAACAUUCUCUUUUUUUUUUAUUGUACUGCAUGCUUUUAUUGUUAUUUUUUUGGGGGGGAUGUAAUAAUGUUAUUGAGUUGGACAUUUUUUUCCAUUAUUUAAUACAUUUUGUGUUGAAAUGACUGCUUUGUUUAUGAGAGGCCAGUGUAUGGUUUUAAAAUGGAGCCAGACAGAUGAUAUUGACUGUGUCCAGAUAAUCUCUUAAUCUCACUCUUUUCUUGUCUACAGUAUUCUAAUAUGUGUUAUGUCAACAAAAACAUAUUUUAUUGUGAUUUUCUGUCAUAUUUGGAAGAUGUGCAGAUUGAGCAAAGGCGUAAUUUUUUUUUAUGUUUAAGCACUUGCUGGUGGGUCUGAAUUUCACACAAAAGUACUUCUAUACAUUCAUUCAUUUUCUAUACCCGCUUCUACUGGGUCACCGGGGAGCUGGUGCCUAUCUCCAGCAGUCUGCGGACGAGAGGUGGGGUACACCCUGGACAGCUCGCCAGUCCAUCGCAGGGCAAUAAAGGACUAGCUCUUGCCAACCCUGUAAAUGUAUCAGAGACCUCAACUGCAGAAGAUCUUGAGUCAGAUGAGUGGGACAGAUGCCGGGGUUUUGGGGGUCUGCUGUUUCUGAAUCUUUAUUUGCACAAGUGUACUGAAACACCAUAUUCACAGGAUAUUAAUCCACUUUAAGUUUAAUAAAUUGCACAACUACUCUCUAAUUUAAAUACAUUAUGCAUGGUUUCAUGGUUAAAACGUGGUGCCUCCAGAACAGGGCAGAAAUUUAACUACAGCCUCUUCAUCAGCAGCUGUUUAUUUCAUCUAUUGUGCUUGAAAGAAUAUAUAUUUUGAGUACAUUUUCUUCAAAAGGAUUGGCUUAUGGUUGGUUUGUGGUCACUUUUUAACACGUGCAGUAUGCUCUAAUUACAAAAAAUAUAUAUAUGCCCUGUUUGUAUUAUACUUGAAAGUUUUAACUUCCAGAUUUUAAAGCAAAAGAAAUCCUCUGGAAUGCCCCAUGAAGUUGGAACUGCAGACUGGAAAGUCAGAGGUUUCUCACCAACUCUUCAAUCUAAAUCCAAUAUGACUGUUAUGUGUGCAAGAUUUAGGUAAACAUGCAAAAAUAAUCAGUUUAUUUGCACUUCUUCCAUUUUGUAACUUGUUAAAUCAGUCCCUCACAUAGUGCUGUAUAAUAUAUAUUUUAGGGUCAUGAUCCUUUGCUGCUGCAUGGUGGAACACUUAUUAGCAAUAUUGCCCUGCAGCAAGAAGGUUCAUAGAGCUUGCAUGUUCCUCCCAUGCAUGCCUGGGUUCUCUCCCAGUACUAUGGCUUCCUCCACAGUCCAGAAAUAUGCAUGUUAUGUUAAUUGAUUACUCUAAAUUGCUCUCAGUAGGGAGUGUGUGCACACAUGGUUGUUUGUCCUUGUGUCUCUGUGUUGCCCCUGGGAUAGACUGGUGACCGGUUUAGGGCAUAAUAUGCCACUCCUGUGGCCCUACACAGAAAAUGGUGUAUAGAGAAUUGAUGGAUGGAUGUUCCUUUAGUUUUUGAAUGCAGAAAAGGCUGAUAUUUUCUGAAAUAUCAUGGGCAGGUAGUACGUAGCCUGGGCUCUUAGUAAAACUCCUAGCAAACUCCCCUGGUUUUCCACCUUGCAGUAGGAAUAAUGCUGCAUUUAAUACUCAUUAAAGCUGGAACCUGCGUUUGAGAAUUACGUAUCAUCUGAGUUAAGCUUGUUUUAGUUGGAAGUCGGUAAACCAGUAUUGUUUUGCAAGUUGUUGUAAUGCUAGCUAGUACUGGUACUACAAUCAAAGCACAAGGAGUUUAUUUCCAUUUUAUGCAUUUAAACACAGAGGAAAUAAACUAAUUAAUGUUAUUUGUGCCCCUGGUUUAAUGACAUACAAACUGUCAGAAGUUCAAAUACAAGGUUUAUUCAUGCUAUUUGCACUAUAUUUAUAUGCAAAGUGGCCAUAUUAAAUCUGACCUUUGACUUUCCAAGUCAGAGUUAGGACUUCCCUGGGUGUUGUAUUUUAUAGUUAAUUUUUCUCAUUGUAACUCUGUAAUUCUGACUCCCGAGUACAACACAAGGUUCAUUUGGAUGUGGUGUCAUUCAAGUCCUGAUUUCAAAAGGGUAAAUAGGAUGCACCAUUACUACUAAUCCAUUCAGCAUCUGAGCAGGUACACCAUGAGCACCAACUGAAUGUAUGAGAAACUUUGUUCCAUUAUUAUCCCGUAGAGUAUAGUAGGUGCACUUUCUAGUUAUUUUACAAAGCACAUUAAAUAUUUGAGUGUAUUUUAUUCUUGAAUAGGUUAAUGGGAAUCACACAGCCUAAGUUGCUAAAUGGUUUAAGUGUAAAUGAGUAUGAAUGCAAGCAACAUGUAAAGAGUUACUCUAGCCUGUCCAUUGCACAACUUGCAAUUUUGUUGUUUGUGUUUUGUACAAACGUAAAAGGUUAAGACCAGUAUGACAGAUUAAGCUCUGCAAUGGCUCAAUAUCUUUGCUGAGUCAGACACUGUGUCAUAAAAAGAGCUGUGGGACGUCAGGAGGAACUUGGUUAUUAACUAGUAACAUUUAGUUUGUUGCAGUCAGUGUUAAUACUGUUUCAUGGUACUGUUCCCCAUUUCUUCUUCAUUGCUUCCAUGUCCUAUUAAUAGUUUCCGCAGUUACUUGGUCAUUCACCCUGCCUCCAGCACCACCAAAUGUAACUUGAGCCCAAAGCAUCAUCACUUUAAUAGCAUCAUUUGAACUUCAAAGAAAGUGCUUGCAUGAGAUUUACUGCUCACAAUACAGCUCAGCACAUUUUAAUACAUAGUGGUACCUGCACAAUAUGCUGUAACGGGAUCAUAUUUUUGAACGAAGGGUGCAAAAUGAAAUAGUUAAAAGUUUUAGUGGGCUUUUCUGUUCUAAGCAUGGGAAUUCUCAAUUUUACCUUGUCAUUUUAGAGUGGCCUCAGGAACAGAGCACUUCCAAAUAAAGCACAACUGUUUUGAUGAUUCGAAUAAAAGAAACUGAUGCAACUGCGAUACUGUUUUUUUCUUAUCUUUUUGUGGUAUUAUAUUUUCUUCAGAAUUUUUAGAUUACAGACUUUUAAACGCAACCAAGAUGUAACGCUGCUGUGUAUGACUUUGACUCAAAAAAUAUCUGGAUUUAGUUUAUCUUUGUAAGCAAAUGUAAAAUGCCUGAUGUACAUGUAUAUGCAACGAUAAUUAUUACACCCUUAAAGGAAUACGUUAAAAUUCA